UUCACGCACGCACUGAAAGCACUCUCGAACACACACAUACGCUUACUCAUCCACGGAUCAUCUGGAGCUCCUUGCGGCAGGCCUCCUUUGGUCAUAUCGAGGAGGAAAAUCUAUCUGCAAACACACGUUUGUUGGCUUAUAUCUGCAUCUCCAAAAGCCAAUCUAGUAUCACAAACAUAACAGGUUCUAAUACUUUUUAAUCGCAUCUCAAACUUUAUAACUAUUCAAUAUGAACAAUUUGCACGGACACGAUCAAGAAACACCAGUCGUAGCCGGUUUCGAAAUUCCCAGAUCCCCAGAUGCAAGCUACAACAACAUCUACACCGCAAACGAAGAUGAGGGGCGGGACCCACCCGUAGUCCCUCAACACUUGCAACACACUGUAUUGAGCUACCCUGCACCUGCUGUAUCCCUACCCAACCCACAGCAUGUGGUUCUGAAUCAUCUUUACAUCGAAAACAGACAAGUCACACGAUCGGUAGUGGCACUUGGGCUCUCGCAUCGGUUUCGAACCAAGAACGUGACCGUCGUACUGUAUAAACCGGUUCAAAGAAGGGGAAGCAGUGGCAGUUGAAUUUGUAUUAUUAGGUAACAACAGAAGUUGAUAUGGAUUUUUGUAUGUUCCCAUUUUAAUGGUUGGGAUAAAUAUGUGUUUAUGGACUUGAAUUAGGUGACCCUUUUUUUUGGAAUAGAAAUGGCCAAAUCCAUGCAC